CGCCGCGCUCGCCGUCGCUGGGAUUGAAUUGCGGCGCCGCGGCCGCGGGACUGAAAGGAAGGCGGAGCCGCCGCAGGAGGCGAGGAGGAAGCGAGAGGAGGAUGCCUCGCCCGGCGGCCGCAGCGGCCCGUGACUCGUAGGGCGGCGGGCCUCGCACCAGCGCGAACUGGACUUUGUCUGCGGGCCCUGCGCUGCCCUCCGCGGUUUCCAGUGGGAUCCCCGAGGAGCCGCGGUCCUCGCUGCUCGCCAGCCUUCUUCACCAUGUCCAAGAUGCCGGCCAAGAAGAAGAGCUGCUUCCAAAUCACCAGUGUCACCACUGCCCAGGUGGCCACCAGCAUCACAGAGGACACCGAGAGCCUGGACGACCCGGACGAGUCACGCACUGAGGACGUUUCCUCCGAGAUAUUCGACGUUUCCCGAGCCACGGAUUACGGCCCUGAGGAGGUCUGCGAGCGCAGCUCCUCUGAAGAGACGCUCAACAAUGUUGGGGACACGGAGACUCCCGGGACUGUCUCCCCGAACCUCCUCCUGGACGGGCAGCUGGCGGCCGCGGCGGCUGCGCCCGCCAACGAAGGAGGAGCCGUUUCAGCCCGGAGCGUGGCCGGGGCACUCGCCAGUUCCCUGGCGGCGGCCGCCACCUCGGCCCCCACCUCGGGGGCACCCGGCGGCCCCCCAGUGGCGGGCUCGUCCAGCGGACCAGGGUCGGCCCCUCCAGCGCAGCCCCCCACCACUUGUAGUUCUCGUUUCCGUGUGAUCAAGCUGGACCACGGCAGCGGGGAACCCUUCCGCCGCGGCCGAUGGACGUGCAUGGAGUACUACGAGCGGGACUCGGACAGCAGCGUCCUGACCCGCUCAGGGGACUGCAUUCGGCAUAGCAAUACCUUCGACCAGACUGCUGAGCGGGACAGCGGCCUGGGAGCCACCGGAGGGUCGGUGGUGGUGGUGGUGGCCUCCAUGCAGGGGGCGCACGGGCCCGACUCGGGAACUGACAGCUCCUCGACUGCUGUGUCACAGCCACCCCCGUCGGAGAAGAUGAGCCAGCCCGCUCCGGCCGCGCCGCAGAGUUUCAGCGUUGGGCAGCCGCAGCCGCCGCCGCCCGUAGGUGGGGCUGUGGCUCCAAGCUCGGCUCCGCUGCCGCCGUUCGCUGGAGCCUCUGCCGGGCCGCAGCCAAUGAUGGCAGCCGCACCGCCGAGCCAGCUCCAGGGGGCCGGGCCGGGCGGCGCCCCUCCGGGGCCCGGGGGACAGGUCCUGCCGCCAACAAAUGUAGCCCUGGCGCAGCCGGCUGUGCCCCUGCCUCCGCAGCCUGGCCCUGCCGGCGGCGCUUCUGCCGCGCAGCACCCGCAGCACUUCUCGUACCCCCAGCCUCAGAUGCCGCCUGGGCACUUGCUGCCGGCACAGCCCUCCGGCCAGAGUGAGUACUUGCAGCAGCACGUGUCCGGCCUGCAGCCUCCGAGCCCCGCGCAGCCCUCAUCUACCAGCGCCGGAGCGACCCCUUCCGCCGCGGCCAGCUUUCCCCUGGGCGCCGGCCAGAACGCCGCCUCGGCCGCCGCGCAGCUAGUGAGUGCGUCUCCUCAGCCCAGUGAAGCUGUGGCUCCGGGGCCGGGACCUACGCAGGGCGGGCAGGCCGCGCCUUGUCAGCCAGCUGGUGUGCCCCCGGCUGCUGUGGGAGGCGUGGUGCAGCAGGGCAUGGGUCCUGCGGGGCCCGGGCAGCCCCCGUCGGUGCCUCCGCCGCAGAUCGGUGGCAGUGGUCAGCUGUCAGCAGUGCCUGGUGGCCCUCACACCGUGGUGCCCGGAGUUCCAAACGUGCCUGCAGCGUUGCCCGCUCCAAGCGUGCCUAGUGUGUCUACCACUUCUGUUACUAUGCCAAAUGUACCCGCGCCUCUGGCCCAGUCACAGCAGCUGAGCAGCCAUACGCCAGUCAGCAGGAGCAGCAGCCUCCUCCAGCAUGUUGGGCUGCCCUUAGCCCAAGGCACUCACAGCGCACCGACAAGUCUACCACAGUCUGACCUAAGCCAGUUUCAGACUCAGACCCAGCCUUUAGUCGGGCAAGUUGACGAUACUAGAAGAAAAUCAGAACCCCUACCUCAACCACCACUUUCUCUCAUUGCUGAAAAUAAGCCUGUUGUGAAGCCUCCUGUUGCAGAUGCCCUGGCCAACCCCCUCCAGUUAACACCUAUGAACAACCUCGCCACCUCUGUGUUCAGCAUAGCUAUUCCUGUUGAUGGUGAUGAAGACAGUGCAUCUGGGGGAGGUGUUGUAGCCAUUGACAACAAAAUAGAACAAGCAAUGGAUCUGGUGAAAAGCCAUUUGAUGUAUGCAGUAAGAGAAGAAGUGGAAGUUCUAAAGGAACAAAUAAAAGAAUUAGUUGAAAGAAACUCUUUACUUGAACGAGAAAAUGCACUGUUAAAAUCUCUUUCAAACAAUGAUCAGUUAUCCCAGCUCCCAGCCCAACAGGCCAAUCCUGGUAGCAGUUCUCAGCAGCAAGCAGUGCUAGCACAGCCUCCACCGCCUGCGCAGCCUCCACAGCAGCCGAAUGUCUCCUCAGCAUAAGCUUUCUUAAGCCUCACUAAGCAAAACACUGACAGCAAUCCAUCUGUGUGCCACUGCUGUUCUUCCCACUUUAUAUGAAAGCAAGUAGCCAUGCUUUGGUUGUGUGUUUGGCCUUUUCAGUAUUAGACAAUCAUUCUACAAGAGCUUUUCCUCUCUAAGAUGUCAUGCAGCGCUUUCGAUGUCCAGUUCUAUGUCAUCAGUACACACGGAGAAUAAUAGAUGGGGUUUUCUAAAGCAAGCAGAAGUCUGCAUUUCACCUGGUGCGCAUGAGUAGGGUCUUUAAGAGUUUUGGUGGCUCUCCAUGUUUCCUGUUACCAUGGAUUUACCUUGAGCCUUCUUACCACAUUAUAAGUAACAGUUCAUCUAAAGAGCCACUUUUCUUUCAACAUCAGUAACAUUUGCCUACAUAAGUUUUCAUUUAUUUGUGUUUUAUUUAUUACAGGGCUGCUAUUUUCAUAAUGUACAUGAACAAUGUCACAGAACUUUUUUAAUUUUUUUGAAUAAUUAUAAAUAUCAGUAAAGGAAUUGAAAGACAGGAUUGCAUUUAAUAGAUAAAACGUUUAGGCAAUAAUUGAACAAAAGAAUCCUGGCAUAUUUCUAACACUAAUGGCAAUUUAGCUUUGGUAUUUAUUUUCAGUAGUAAAGACCCAGCUUGAAUGUAAAUUUUGUAUAGUGUAAGUAUGAAGAACGUAGUGCAGCUGUACAGGUAGUCACCAGUUAUUGUGAUAUAAUAAAUAAUUGGGCUAUUUUGAUGAAGAAAACUUUGUUCAUUUGUUUCUACUUUCUAAUAGAGAAAUUGCCACGAUUCCUCUGCUUUCUGACAUUUCGUAUGACUUUUCUUUUGGUUGGGAAUAAAAAGCUGUGAAAUUGUUCAACCUACUUUGUAACCAAAGAAGCAAAGCUGUGUAAUGGAGUUUUGUUUUUUGUUUUUUGGGGUUUUUUUUGUUUUGUUUUUUUUUUUUGGUUUUUUUUUUUUUUUUUUUUUUAUAUAAUGCACAUUCUUUAUGUAUUUUUAUUUAGUGUUUUCUCGGUCACAAUUUUCUUUGCUGUCUAGCAUGAUCUGCAUGACCUAUAAUCUUUGAACCACUUUCGUACCUCAUGUUUUUAUCCAGCACUCUUAUUGUAAUAUGUACUAGUCUGUGAACAAUGUCAAAUAAAAAAAGAACGAACGGGUGGUUUGGUGGAGCUGAGCUAGUGUGCAAAACGCUAGUUGUACAAAAACAAAAAUGAAGUGAGCCAUCUUUUGUUCAUUUAAAAUGGUGUUUUGAAUUUCGUAUGCAGAAAACGUUUUGUUACAUUGCAGAUUUUAAUGUAUUUAAUAAAUGCAACAUGCAGAUUAAGUGCAGUGUAUACUGAGUAUUUAAAUUAAAAUGUACAUUUCAUAAAUACAGUUUCAAGAGAAAGCAUCAUUUUGUGUAUACUAACACAUUAAGUGUAUGUCAGAAAUUGAUGUAUAAAUAUAUAUUUUAACACAUUUUCUGAAAUUAAACUGCAGUUUUGUUGAAA